AUGGCAUCCAUGGAUGUGGCCACUGGAACAAUCUUCUUAUCACAGACAGUAUUUGGAACUCUUGGAAAUUUCUCUCUUCUCUACCAUUAUCUCUUCCUUUACUCCACUGAGCACAGGCUCAAGCCCACAGAUUUGAUUCUCAAGCACCUGAUGAUAGCCAACUCCUUAGCCCUGCUUUCUAAAGGAGUCCUGCAGACAAUGACAGCUUUCGGUUUCAAAGAUUUCCUCAACGAAGCCGGAUGCAAACUGGUUUUCUAUCUUCACAGAAUUGGAAGGGGCAUGUCCAUGAGCAGCAUCUGCCUCUUGAGUGUCUUUCAGGCCAUCAUGAUCAGCCCCAGAGACUCCACACAGGCAGAACUUAAACUGAAGGCUCCCAAGCACACUGGCUCCUUUGUUUUCUUGUGCUGGAUUCUGGCAAUGCUGGCAAAUAUCUCUUUUCCCGUAAAUUUGACUGGCAAAUGGAGCAACGCAAACAUCACCAUGAAAAAGGAUUUGGGAUACUGCUCUGGCAUGGGCAAUAACAAACUCAUGUUAUCAGUACUGGCAGCGAUGUUAUCAUUCCCUGAUGUCUUAUGUCUGGGGCUCAUGAUCUGGGCCAGCGGCUCCAUGGUUUCCAUCCUGCACAGGCACAAGCAGCGGGUCAGAUACAUUCGUGGCAACAAACUCUCUGCUAGAUGCUCCCCUGAGUCCACUGCCACCCAAAGAAUCCUUGUCCUUGUGAGCAUCUUCGUGUCAUUUUACACCCUGUCCUCCACCUUCCAACUCUGCAUUGCUCUUAUUAAUAAUCCCAGUUGGUUGCUGGUGAACAUCUCUGCCUUCAUCAAUGGAUGUUUCCCAACUGUCAGCCCCUAUGUUCUCAUAAACCACGGCUCCAGCCUGUCCUAG